GAGGAAGUCGUUAUAAUGCAUAUAUUUUCACGUUGUAGAAAAACGCUUGCACUGCAGCAGCUUCUUUUGGUAAAAAACAAACUAAUUACGAUGAGAAUGGAUUUGGGAGCUCAAAUUGCUGUAUCGCUUCUUGCACAUAUCGGGGUGUUCUUCGCUGCAAAUCAGUUGAUGAGUACAACAGAUCUACCGAACCUACGCGUUUUACUAAAUUCAAGUGACACUAAUUCGUACGAUACAAAAGUACAAUGGCUAGUCACAUCCAAAAUCUCCAUAGCAAGUGUACAGUUGUCAAUCUUCAAUGACCACGUGACAGACCUAUUUCACGCUUUACCUGCGAUGAAAAAUUUCACUUCAGGUGUCCAUACAUUCACUAAUCUUCAACCAAACACAACGCAUAAUAUAUGUUUACUAGUUCGUACAAAACAGAAUACCCACGUCUCGAAAUGCAUCAACGUUCAUACAAAACCGAGAGAUAUUUCCAGAUUAAGAAAAAUAUUUCCACGUAGCGACAGCAAUCAUUUGACAGUAUUGUUUUGCAUACUUAUUCUCGGACUUUUCAUCGCCAUCGUCGCUUCGUCAUAUAAUAUGUACCUACAAUCACUUCGAGAACAGAAAAAGAGCGAAUACAGAAUUUUAAAAUACUAUCAAAACGAAGAUACACUAGGCUUGAACAAAAGUAAUCAACUUAGACAACCCCUGCUUGCAGCUAACAAUGUAUACCAAAAUGAAAAAUAGCUUUUGUAACUUUUUAUACUUUUGUAGACAUUUAUUUACACGUAA